UCCUGUGCUCACAUACGCUGGAUGCACUGAAGGAUCCUGUGAAUGCCCAGGAGCUGCUACGUUUCUGCACUUGCUGGAAGCAGAGCUGACCCACACCAGACGUGUCCUGUCAGUGAUGACAUCCACCCUGGUUCACAUCUCCGCCACACUGUCUCUGCACUGCUCUCUCUCAGAGAUGGGUUCGGGGCAGCCGUCCCAGACUGGUUCCUGCUCCUACACUGAUCAUUGGAAGCAUCAGAGUGGCGCCUGGUGAAGGACAAGGGGAGAUGCCAGGAUGCCUAUCACUCAGGACAACGCCAUAAGCAUUCUGUCACUGCUGGAGGAUUGGCGUGGGGCUCACAGCACGAGGUCACAGCAGGAUGAUGAUCUAAGUCAGGACAGCUCCUCUGGUUACACGCGGCUGGAUCCUGACUCCUACCAGAACGGGGAUGGGGAGAGUGUGUGCAGCACUGUUAGUGGCGGAGGACAUGUGGAGGACACGUCCCUCUGUCUGGCUGCUAUUCAGAAGUUGGUGGAGUACAUUCAUUUCAACUUCAUGGAGGGGGACACAGCUCCAUCAGCCAGCCGGGCCUCAUACAGUGAGGCGUUAGAUGUUGAGCUUCAUACGGUUUCCCUCAGUAAGGAUGAGGGGGAUGCUGCGGACUUCGGCCUUAGCUUUGGAAACAUCCCUAUUUUUGGAGACCCAAAGGGAAGAAAGAAGGGAGGCCCGAGGAGCAGGAGGGAUCAGAGCCCCAUCAUGGAUGUGGGCUGCAUCUGGGUGACGGAGGUGAGGAAGAGGAGCCCAGCAGCUCGUUGUGGUGGGAUCAAACUGAGAGAUGAACUGCUGUCACUGAAUGGGCAGCUAAUGGUGGGAGUAGAUGUCAGUGGAGCCAGUAUUGUUGGUGGGCAGGACUCAGCACGUGGUCAGAUGGGCAUCUUUGUCAGGACAAUAUUCCCCCACGGUGCUGCGGCAGCUGAUGGACGGCUGAAGGAGGGAGACGAGAUUCUGGAGGUGAACGGAGAGUCUCUGCAAGGACUCACACACCAACAGGCCAUCCAAAUCUUCAAGCAACUUAAGAAAGGCGUUGUAACGCUGACCAUUAGAACACGGCUGCGCAGCCCCAGCCUGACACCAUGUCCCACCCCCACCCUCCUCAGCCGUUCCACUUCACCCAACUCUCAUACCAGUGGAAGUACACCAGUCCCAUCAGGCUUCAACGAAGCUGAUGAACGCAGAGGCCCUGGCCCAGGUCCGAAGGACUGCAUUGUCAUGGAAGUUACACUUAAUAAAGAGCACGGUGUGGGCCUUGGAAUUGGAGUGUGCUGUUUGACCCUGGAGAACGCUGCUCCUGGUAUCUACAUCCAUAGCCUGGCUCUGGGCUCUGUGGCCAAGAUGGAUGGCAGGCUCAGUCGUGGAGAUCAGAUACUCGAGGUGGACUCGGUCAGCCUUCGUCACGCUGCUCUCAGUGAGGCCUAUGCCAUCCUCAGUGAGUGUGGGCCUGGGCCCAUCACUCUUAUUGUAAGCAGGCAUCCUAAUCCAAAGGUAUCAGAGCAGGAGAUGGAUGACAUCAUAGCUCGAUCCACUCACAGGGACAAAAUGAGCAGGAACAAGCACUCAUUUCAUUCCCAAGGUGUGUCCUGUAAGAACACCAGCCCAGCAGUGAAGGACAUGCAGGAAGACAGGUCGCCUAUUCUCAGCUGGACCAUGAAGAGGUUCCUUGAGCCUGCCAGCAGGGGCUCCCUGAGUUCAGAGGCAGAGCUGUCUCAGUACUUCCUGCAGGAACUUUCCAGCCACUCAUUCCCAUCUGAAUCCAUGUUGAUGGGCUCAGAUAGUGACAAUGUCCUCCACCAGAUGAGCUGCAUUACCUCCAAGGCUGACUGCUCAUCAAAACCACAUGGAUUCAGCCCAUCUCUGACAGAAGUGGAAGACGGCCGUGUGUACAACAACAUCCAAGACCAAACCUCUGCACCUCUCAGUCACCAUGUGGAGGCCGUGUGCCAGCCCAUUACUUGGUCCAGCCCCCCCACAGCACGCAGCCCACUUCUCUGCCAGGUGAAGUGCUUCGAGGAUGACCUCAGCGAGGGAGAAAAUUCAGCCAGCAGCAGAAAAAUUGAGCCCUUCCACAGACCCACGAAAUCUGAAGCCUUUACCUGCAGUGACGUGUCACAGAGUGAUUCAGCAGGUGUAUUUAGCAGCUCGGUGUUAGACGGUGAAGAUGGUGGAGAUUUGCAGAGUGGAGGCAGAGAUAUACCCACAGCACUCUGUGACAGUUCCACUCAAAGUAAGGAUGGUUUUCCCAAUAAGUCAGAGUCACCUGGUUGUGAGUUAACCUUCAUGUUCAUCCACCAGCCUUUAGAUCACACAGCAGGGGUGUCGAGCAGCUCUGUGCUCACUGAUAUGACCACCAGCAGUGAGGACUGUCCAAAUCAAAGUCACGGACAGUUGGAGUCAAAGCAGUCCCCCAAGCUUGAAGCAGUGAACAGGGUCAUUAUGAGCACUGAAGCACCAAACCUACCCCAGCAGCAAACAUCCCAAACGGAUGAACCCACCCUGGCCUUGGCCCCAUUCCAGCUCCCAUCCCACAGCACAGGAACAAACCCCACGGUGGCUGCCGACAUGAUCCCCAGUCAGCUAUAUGAGAAGGAAGAUGCCAGUGAGUUUGCAGGGAUUUGUCCCAUUAACACGGUGAUCCUAAGAAGGAACGACGGGAAUUCAUUUGGGCUUGAACUGGAGAUUAUGUCAUCACCACUGAAGCUGGUGAUCGCUGGGGUGGAGCCUGGAGGUGCAGCAGAAAGGGAGUCUGCGGGCAGGCUGCGUCCUGGAGAUGAGAUCGUCAAGAUUGGAGAUAAACUAGUUUGCUCCUCCAGCUACCAGGACAUUUGUGAACUCAUGCACAGCCUUCCUCUGACACUGGCCUUGGACAUCAGGAGACCGAUCUCAGGUAAGACGCUCACCGUGUGA